AUGUCCAAGCGUCCCAACUUCUUGUUCAUUCUUGCCGAUGACCUUGGCUUCUCUGACAUUGGCUGCUAUGGCGCUGAAAUCGAUACGCCAAACAUUGAUCGAUUGGCUGCCGAGGGGGUGCGCAUGCUGAACCAGCACGCGGCGGCGGCAUGCUCACCUACUCGUGCAAUGCUCAUGAGCGGGACGGAUGCUCAUUUAGGCGGACUGGGAGUACUCAUAGAGUACAAAAAGAGCGAACAGGGGGCCAAACGUUGGUCGGGUAAAGCUGGUUAUGAGGGAUACCUCAAUGAAGACGUUGCCACCCUGCCCGAGAUAUUCGAGGACAAUGGGUAUUUUACUGCCAUGUCUGGCAAGUGGCAUCUCGGAAUGCGCGCCUCCCAAGGUCCGUGGCAGCGCGGCUUCAAAAAAGCAUUUGCCAUGCUUCCUGGAUGCUGUAAUCACUAUGGUUGGGAGCCGGUACAGGAGCGGUUCCCAAUUGGUGGUCGCCCGAUCCAUGCGGAAGAGGGGAAAAAGGUUGACAUACCCCCAAACAAGACAGAAGACCCUGAAGGGUUCUACUCAACAGACCGCUAUACUGACCAGCUCCUCCAAUAUCUCGACGACCGAUCCCCCGACGACAACUCGAAGCCCUUUUUUGCAUUCCUGCCAUACACUGCUCCUCACUGGCCAUUGCAGUGCUCAAAAGCGCAACGUGACAAGUACAAGGGCGUUUAUGACGAUGGCCCAUACGCACUGCGCGAACGCCGACUGAAGAAGCUGAUAGAACUAGGCAUUAUUGACGAGUCGGUCGUGCCACACCAAGUGGAAACAUCCACACAAGGUGUCGGCGAAUGGGACAGUCUUACCGCGGAAGAGAAGAAGCUUUCGUCGCGCGCCAUGGAGGCAUAUGCUGGUAUGGUCCAUUCUAUCGAUGUCAACAUCGGAAAAAUCAUCGACUACUUGAAGAAGACUGGCGAAUACGACAAUACGCUGAUCGUGUUCAUGAGUGAUAAUGGUGCAGAGGGUGCUGCACUGGAGGCAGUUCCUGUCAUGGGCGACAAUAUCAAGCGCGCGAUCCAUCAGUACUACGAUAAUUCAUAUGAGAAUAUUGGUGCCUGGAACUCAUUCACCUGGCUUGGUCCACUAUGGGCCCAGGCAUCUACUGCUCCAUCGAGGCUCUUCAAGUGUUUCCCCUCGCAGGGUGGGAUCCUUGUACCCUGUGUCAUGAAGCCGCCAGUCAAUACUUUUCAUACAACAGUAGCUCCAGGCUCUCUGAAUCGCUCUUUCACCACAGUGAUGGACUUUUUACCCUCUUUCCUCGAACUUGCGGGCGUAUCACUCCCCGCAAUUUCAGAGCACAAAGUGCCUUUGCCUUUGCAUCAAAAGAGUGUUGUGCGCAAGAUGUCGAAAUUCCGCGGGAAGGAUGUGCAUGCUAUUCGGGGAAAGUCCUGGGUGCCUUUUCUUAGCCGUGGUGCAAAUGUGGAAGACAAUGAGACGUGGGCCAUACACCCGUCAUCAGAAGCGACUGGAUGGGAGCUUUUCGCGCGCGGAGCAUUGCGCAAAGGUGACUGGAAGAUUGUGCACAUCGCCAAAGCCCAGGGCGGCGCAGGUGAGGGCGAUGAUGGCUGGGAGUUGUUCAAUGUUGCCAGCGACCCUGGUGAGACUAUUGAUCUAGCUCAGGCGGAACCGGACAAGCUGCAAGAACUACUAGCUUGCUGGGAAGAAUAUGUUGUGGAAUGCGGUAUCGUUUGGGGCGAAGCGGCCACGGCGAGUGGUUUGGGCUUUGAUGAGGCUCCACAGUUGUGGGAGGACGAAGUAGACCUUCAGAAAUCUUGGAUGGGGGCAAGAGGUGGAGAGUGUCCAAAGACUUGUAUUUGA